AUGAAAAAACAAAUUCAAAAAUUACAGGAAUUAAAACAAGAAGAAAUUAACAUAGGUGCAUCUAUCAAAUACGACAAAUAUGGCGAGUCAUAUAUUGCAAUCGGGAAAACCAUUGUUCGUCACAGCCGAUCCAACUUUCCUUCAAAAUUACAUAAAUACUGGGGUCAAAGAUACCGGCUUUUCAAGCAUUUUGAUAAAGGAAUCUGGCUUGACGAAGAAUCAUGGUAUAGCGUUACACCAGAACCAUUAGGACGUCAGAUUGCAACACAUUUGUCAAAAUUAUAUAAAGACAAUUUUGUUUUAAUCGACGGUUUUUGUGGUGCUGGAGGAAAUGCUAUACAGUUUGCAUUAAUUGAAAAAAUAGCAGUCAUUGCAAUUGAUUAUGAUCCAGUAAAACUUAUAUGCGCAAAACAUAAUGCACGAAUAUAUAAUGGUGAUGUUAUUUUCUUAAGUCCACCAUGGGGCGGUCCAAGUUAUCAAAAUACAGAAGUAUUCAAUAUAGAAACCAUGCAACCUUAUCCAGCUUCUUUACUGUUCCGCGCAGCGAAUUAUAUGGUAAAUAAUAGCAAUAAAAUCGUUAUGUAUUUACCGCGUACAUCAUCUUUAGCUUCGAUAACAAAAUUAAUUGAUUAUCCACAUAAAGUAGAAGCACAUUAUUUAAAAACAUCAGGAAAAAUAAAAGCAAUAUGUUGUUAUUUCGGACCUUUAGUUAAGCAGUUAAAAACAUAA